AUGGCCGCGUAUGGGUUGGAAGGAGUGGUAAGAUGCACCGAUAUUAUCGCCGAGGAGCUCGAGAUCACCAUGAAAACCCUAGGUGUCUCCUCUCUCCACCACCUUCGGCCAGAAAUGGUCAACGCGUCUCGUCUGUCGAAUGAAAUGUGGCGACCGGAGAUACUGAGGCCCAAGCUAUAA